AAACUUAUUUGUCAAACCGAGCGCAAUCAAACAGCCAAUCAAAUCAUUCACCGGUCUCAAUUUUCAUUUUAUUGAAAUCAAAUUCGAUCGCAAACCGAAAUUUUUGUCAGUUCUCGUCGUAAUUAUACUGCUCACUUUUCCCUGCUCAGAUUAAAGUUUUUGUGUCGAUUUGUAAACAUGGACGAGCAAAAUUCAAUAAUGUCACCUGAUGAAGAAGUCGCAAUGAUAUUGAGUUCCGACGGAGACGCCGGUCCAUCGACAAGUAAACGAACAAAAUUAAUGCCGAAUAGCCAAGCUGGAAGCCAUCGAGGUCAGGGAAGCCCAAGUCAAAGUAGAUUGAUUGGUAGUAGCCGAUAUCUCUGGGAUGUAUCCAGUGACUCAAGUGAUUCGUCAGAGUCGUCAGUCGAAACAAGUCCUACAGCAGUGUAUCCGACGGUUGAAGCGUACUUAAUGUCGAUCCCGAAAUUCGAUCUGGAGGAACAUCUUCGGAUACCAAUCUACAUGGAGCUUUUAGGCGCUAAUUCCAGGAAGAUUAAAACCACUCUACCCAGAUGCAGCCUUUUUACCGACGAAGAGAUGGAAGUGUUAAAAAACGAUUUCAUCUUAAGCCAAUUGGAUUUUCUGAUUCGGGAAAAUGUUCGUCGUACAACCAAAAAAGAGGAAAAGCGAAAACAAAAGAGAGAAGCGCAACGCUUGUCUUCGAUUAAAAAACCAUUGCCGAUCAUGCCGAAAGAACAUGAUCGUACGCCUAAAUAGAUUUUCGUUUUAAAUUCGAAUUACGUAUAAAUGUAGGACGUAAAUUGAAUUUCGAAUGCCUAUCGGUCGAUCGUUUGUACGCUUCGAUGUGAUCAAAAUGUUUUGUAAAUUGGAGCCGCUUAACGUAAGAAAUUCAAAAUAAAUGAAUUGCAUGACGCAU